CAAUAUACGAUAAUAUGCAUAUGAAGCAUACAACAAUUUGUAAUUGUACGUCUAGUCCCUUGGAGCGUGGAAAUACUGUAAUAGACAUGUGGAGAUGAAUGGGUAUACGGAGCGCCGCCCCUUACCACCUCUUGGGGUCAUGGGGCUCCACCAAAUGGUCUAGGUGGCUAGGUUAGUGUCCACCAUGGCGUCAGCCCCAUCCCAAGGCAUUCUCAGCAGUUCCUGAGACCCGAGUGGCCCCGUUAGGCCUAGCUUCAGUCCUGAUUGAUUGACUGAUAAAGACUAAGCCACCCAAGAGGUGGCACGGGCACGAAUAGCCCGUAAAAGAUUUCAUUCCUGAAAAUCAGUUUCCAUUUUUAGUGACAGUUUUCCUUCCCAAGGAACACCUUCAUCUUGAGUGCCAACUUACCACUCGAGUACCAACUUACCCCCUGUCACGUCGAGGGUUACUCCCGAGGACCAGCUCCGACGUCUUGAGGGCCAGCACAGGGUGUGGUACAGGUGUCAGACAGGUCAAGCUGCGCCAGCUAGCUGCAUGUUAGCUUGGCAGCAGCUGUGGUGCCAGCUGGUGCAGGAGGGCACCACUAACAACCAUACCACCUGUUUAGAUUUAAGACUGAAAACAAACCCGGUAUCUAAAUUCUCUUCUGGUGAGCAGAAAAGAAUGUUUUAACAAACAUUUGAGAGAACUUGGAGCCCCGCGAAACACGAGUGAUUACGGUGAGAAACUUAUGGUGCCAUGUGGUAGAGCGGUUGACCGGGUGGUGCUAGACAACACCCUCACAGGCACCUUGAGGACAACACAAGCAUGGACGCUUGUCGAGUUCUCGCUCACCUUCUACUGGAGCGGAGGCACAGGGGUCGCGCCCCCCGGCAGCCUCCCUCAGGAGUGGGAGGCCCCAGAGGCCGCCUGUGCCGCAGCGAGCCCUCCAUCCACGCCCUGGACCAGGACCUCGCCCCCCGCCCUCUCAACAACGCCGCCCCCGCCAGACCCGGAUUGCUUGGCAAUGUCGACAGUGAUGCGCCUCCGCUGCCGACGUCCCGCCCACCUCCGCCGCCCACACACCCACCCCCGCCCGUGCCACCCCAUGGCCAGCUCAUGCCUCAGCCUCCCCAGCAGCCCCUGCCUCCUGUGCCUGGCCAUCGGCAGGAGGAGACCAUGUACCAGCAGGAGUUUCUCCCUCAGGCGCCAGGGACAUGCACCCUGCCCAGGAGGGGGAUUGUCAGGGAAGACCCUAACGGCCGUUUCAGGUCCCCCUCCAACCCCCCGCCAGCCUCCCGUCAGCCCCCGCCUUACUCCAGACACCAGCCUCCAGAGCCCAUCAGGAGGCCCCGCGGACCCUAUCAGCCUCCGCCGCCUCCCAAAUUUGACGCCAGAGACCCUAGAGAGUCCCGAGAGCGAGACAUGCGAGAUCUCCACGGCGGCAGGGAACCCCGAGAGAGAAAUCCCAGAGACAUUCGAAAUUCGCGCAAUCUCGAGGACAUGAGAGAGACAGAUUUCAGAGACACUAGAGACCCGAGGGAGAGAGAUGGGAGAGAUCAGUGGGAAGGAAGGGAUUUCCGAGGACCACAUGAUGCCAGAAACCAGCAAGAGUCCAAGGAUUUGCUGGAUACCUCUCACUUCCGCGAGAUCCGCGAGUCUUGGGAACGCCGCAACUCUGGCGUGCCUCGAGGCGUGCCGCAGGAGGACCACCUCAGUGGCUCCUCCCUCCCUCGCCAAAACUACGAGUCGUGGGCGCCUAAGAGUAACCGGUGGUCGACUCGUGAGUUGGACUCAGGGUUCGACUCCCUCAACUCUCCGGCCAUGGAAAGUGGGCCACGAUCACUUGACUCCUCAGCUGGGCGUAACGGGCGUCUGAUGGCUGCUCCUGGGACUAAUUCUGACCAGGUUUCAUACUCACAGUCGACAGAAGACUUGCUCAACGCCUCCAGGACCUCACCGGUGUCCGUCUCCUCCGCUACCUCUUCUGUCUCCUCCACACCCGUCCAAUACCCGACAAUUCGACCUGCUAAACAGCCUUGUGUAACCGGCGCCUUACACACUCAUCCCUCACCACACAGCUCGCCUCACCCUGGCAGCGGGUCACCUCACGGCCCUCCUCAUCACCACUCACUGUCAGCAGGGCUCCCGCGCCCUGCGUCACCCGAGGGGGCGCUGCUCUCCGACAGCGUCUACCCUCAGCAUGACACUCAGCCCCGCUAUGCCGAGAUCCCGGACGUCACCGAGCCUAGAAAAAUUGAAGAGCGGCUGAACCACCGACUCUCUCGCGAUUUGAGAGACAUGAGAGAUGUGAGAGAGAUAAGAGAUAGUAGAGAGUUGAGGGAGACCAAGAGAGACCCAAGAGAACAACGGGAGAUGAGAAACGGCAGUGAGCCCAAAGGUAAUAAAGAUGCGAGACAGUCUAGGGAAGUGAGAGACACGAGCUUACCCAGGGAUUUCCGAGAGUCCAGAGCCUCCUACAUAGAGGUGCGGGAGGAGAGACUCGCUCGUGACGGAGAGACGAGAGGCUUCCGGGAACUGUCAGUAGACGUCGAGGAUCACGACGGCCCAGAGUCUCGUCAGGAGAGAGCUAAAGGUCGGCGGGACUCCCGUCUGUACGGAGGGGAGCGCCCCGAGGGAUCCAAGGAGGUCAGGUUCACCAGUGACCCCAGUGACGGACUUCGGGUUCGCGACGUUCCGGUCUUGGAGCGUCGGGACAGAGACGGGGACGGCGCAGACGGACUUCAGGUGACAGAGGAACGGCGUGCGUCCUCCCACCCAAGGGACGGCGCCAUCCAGCAGCAGGAGUCCCGACGUGGCGACGGCUGCACGUCCUCCUCCCCGUCAGUAUCCUGGAUGGAGUGGACUCAGCAGCUGCAGGCGUAUGUAGCGUGGGUCAACUCCCAGCUAAGGAAGAGAGGUCGGCCGCUGGUCGCAGACUUGAGGAGAGACCUGCAGAGUGGCGUCGUGUUUGCUGACCUCAUAGAAAUCAUAUCCGGGGAGCGGGUGGCAGGCGUGGCCCGGGAGGUGGAGCCCGGCGCCCAGCAGGUGAUGCGGGACAACCUGGAGAGGAUCCUGCAGUUCAUGGCCGCCAAGAGGAUCCGGAUGACGCACAUCACCAGCAAGGAGGUGGUGGAGGGCAACCUGAAGAGCAUCAUGCGGGUCAUCCUGGCGCUGGCCGCCCACUACAAGCCCCAGAGUGUCAAGUCUGCCGCCGCGCCCCCCCUCCACGACGCCCCCGCGCCCCCCACCACCACCCCCUCACACCCCGCCACCCAUGACGUGGGCGUGGGCCCUGACGCGCCCUCCGCCGCCCCGGAGAAGACCCCAAACCUGAGUGCCAACAGGCGAGCCAUCGUGGGCGGGGGCGUGGGCGGCGGGGGCGAGGACCCCGGGGGAGUGCUGGGCCUCCGCCGCCACCCCAGCAUGACCUCCCCAGCCACCCCCAUGGACUCCUCCCCCGUGUACGAGAACCUCCCCAGGAGAGUCGCCCCCAGCCGCUGGGCCUACGACUCCUUGAGGGCGUCGCACAAGUUCCAGUGGUCAGGGGGACACGCCCCCCGCCGCGGCUCCGGCCCUAACAAGACCAGUCUCGACGAGUCCUCUGACGAUCAACUCAACACAUCGUUCAACACUUCGUUGAACACCUCCCUGGAGGGCGAGGUGGAGGCGUCGCCACGGAGAGAGACGUCGGGGCCACGGAACACCACCCGACCCGCGGCCCUCAACUUCUGGCAGGACUUGACAGGUCGGCGGGACACUGCCAACAGCCCGGACCCUAACCCGCCCCCCCAGCCACCACCUGACGACCCUGACAACCCCUUCAGGUACCACACCAUCCACCGGAUGAGCGGCCGACGGAAACUGCCGCAGAUCCCCGGCGCCCCAGGACCCUCCAGCAGAGUGACCACCCCGCAGGAUGGCCAGGAGAGUCCCAGGGGCCCCGGGGAGAGUGCCGCAGACCGCAGUGACGAGAGACCUGGAGGAGGCAGCAGCGUGGGUGACGAAGGCUCCAGGGAGCCUGAAGGCCGCAGUCAAAACUCUUCCCCGGCCACCAGCCUGGUCCGGGGCCCCACCUUGGACCAGUGGCACAGAGAUAAGAACCCGAUAGACCCGUGGGAGCACGAGGACCUGAAGGCCGUCAUGAGGGACCUCAACAACACCAGGGACCAGCUGCUGGCGCUACAAAGCUUGGAGGUGCAGGAGGCGAGGCUCGGGGGCCCGGGACCUCGCGCCGCCGACCUGGUGGAGGCCACCACCGCCUCCGUCAAGCAGGAGCUGCUGCACCUCUCCCUGGCCCGCCAGGCCCUCCAGGCCGAGAAGAUGGAGCUGACGAGGCUGUUGGAGCAGCGAGAGGGCGUCAUCACAGAGCUGCGGAAGCAGAUGCACCAGCGAGACCAGACCAUCCAGGCCCAGCGCUCACACAUUGAAGACGUUCUCAGGAACGUGCAGAACGGGAAGAGGGUGGUUGGUCGCGGCGACUCUCCGGCUGGUCGCCUCGGCGUGUCCUCAGCCACUAAGGAAGAUCUCCACCUCGUGAGGGAUGCCAUCGUCUCCCUCAGGAGCAACUUCAGAGAAACGGAUCCCAACCAGCACACACUCGACACCCUGGAACAAGCCAUUGCUAUCCUAAUAGAGCGUGGCAGUGGUGGUGGUAGUGGUGGUGGUGGUGGCAGUGGUGGAGGAACUGGCAGUGUUGGUGGCAGCCCAGACAAGACCUCCCGGCCUGGAGACAAGCGGCUUCCUCUCAACGGCGUGGUUGAGGUAUCAACCAAGGUGAUCUACUUCACUGAGCGGACAGUGACCCCCUUCAUGUCUACUAUCAACAAGAGACUGGGCGAGAUACGGCUGCGGGACUUCAAGAACAUGUUCGACAGACCUGGCCUCUUCCGCUUCCACUUCAAGAGCUAUGACCCCGAGUAUGGCUUGGUGAAGGAGGAGAUUGUGAAUGAGGAUGACAUUUUGCCUGGAGUUGAUGGGAAGAUCAUUGCCUGGGUUGAGGAAGAUGUUGACUGAUGGAAGACCGAUACGAGUGUUGUUCAUGCCAUUCAGACCAAGUAAACACUAUCACAUAUGGUGCGCUUGAGAAGGUGCUGAAUCUAUCGCAUUAUUGAUCCACCAGAUUAUUUGUUACCAUUAGAAAUCCAGAACAGUUAUUCCUUAUACUUUACUAAUAUUCAAAGUGUUGGAUAUUUCUCAAACGACAUAGAGCAGCAAUUAAAUUUUGGCUUAAGUAAUUGGAAUAUUUGGAAGCUUUAGCAUAAACAUUUGGUAUGUCUGCGAGUGGGAUUAUGGGCACACCUCGGCCACCUGAAAACGAUAUUAAUCCUGUGCAGCGUUACGGCAGGUUCACCUUUCUCUGAUAACUAGCAUGUGCAAUAUCAACGUUGUUGAAUCGUCUAGUUACCUUAAAUUGACCAGAUUGUCAGCGUAAGGUACUCCUUUUUAAGUUUUAUUUUUUUUACUGUUCAUGCUGCUGUAACUUGUGUACGCGCGAGCAUGAAAGAUGUUUACCUGCAUUUACCUGAUGGCCAUUAUCUCUCUAGUGGCCUCGACGAGGACAAGAAGCCGGCGGCUUGUCAACAGGUCCGCCUUUUCCCCCAGUUGUCCCGAUGAUCUGUCCUUCGUUCUGUGUGGUAUACAUUUUCUUGACUAAAUUUUUCCCAGACAGAAUGCAUUGUCGAAGCCAAAGAUAGUAAUAUAUUCACCUUGUCUAAAUGCUGUAUUGUGUGUGUAAUAUAUAUAUAUAUAUAUAUAUAUAUAUAUAUAUAUAUAUAUAUAUAUAUAUAUAUAUAUAUAUAUAUAUAUAUAUAUAUAUAUAAAAUAAUGAACACACCCCAAAACUAUAUUUUAAUUAUUUUAGCUGAUACACCUAUGAGCAGCUGUCUGAUCCAAAGAAUUGUGUUUUCUAAUACUGUUGACAUUAAAUGCAUUCUUGAAACACUCAUAAAUUAGGAUAUUGUAGUAAUAAUUGUAUUUAGGGAACGCGUCUUUAAUUUUGUUCAUCUUCUGAAUAUAGAAUCUCGGGAACCUUGAACUCUGAAAACUGUUCAAAUAUAAAGUUCAAUAUACAGACCUUGCCCUGUUAUAAUGUGUAUGAUCAGUUUGUACCUGUAUACACUAUACAGAUAUAAAUGACUAAACUCAAUGUACAUAUUUUGUAUUUCAUACAAAUAAAGAAAUAAGUGUGA